CUUGUGGGCAGGUCUGAAUAGCAUCACGCAUCUUGAAGCAGUGUUCCAAGCAUUUUAUGUUCCGGCUAGAGCUUAAGUCAACAUCGCUCUCAUACUACCACAUAAUUAAGUCUAUCAUAUUCAAAUUUUCCAGUCCUUUCUUAGCUAUAACUUACAGGCUAAACUAUUCUUACGCAUCUCCUACCGAAACCUCGCCAUUAUGGCUACUGCAGCAUAAUCCACUUACGGUUUGGGCCCUGACUGCAUCUUUAGCGAUUAACAGACGUUUUCUUUCACGCGGCCAACCGACCAGCAUCAUUUACAGACAACCUCACGACGGCUCUAUUGUACCUAAGAGUAGAAAUCAGGAUACGAGAGCUGUGCAAUUACACCGCACAAUACCACAACGAAUGCGUUUGUUGGAAGCCUUGGUUGUGAUUCACGCCACGGAUGAGAAGCAUGGUCUGACGUCGCCAUAUGAUGCCUUCCGGUGGGUGAGGCAUAGAUCGACGUCAAGGCGACUGCGGCGAAUCAUCGGCAUAUCGAGGUGACACAUACAAAGGGUGUAUCUUCUGUAAGCA